AUGGGCUUCGUCUACGAUCCAGAAAUCCAAUUGGCCAAGCUCUUUCCCUCUGAGGAUUCGCUCGGAAACCUAGACGCCGUGCUAGAUCACAUCCAGAAACAGAAGCUGGCCACUAAUGUCAGACUCCGCAAUGAAAUCGCCGCAUACAAGCAUCCUAUCGACUUACACCACGACAUUGGCGUGCUUACGGACUCGUUCAGGGAUAUCAGACAAAAGUCAAUAAACACACAGGCCACUAUAUUUCAGAUGACAUCCAGCAUUCAGCGAUUGGAUACCACAAAGCGUAACUUGGUGCUCUCCAUGAAGAUCUUGAAACGUCUCCAGAUGUUGGUCAAUGCGUUCAACAGUCUUACCGACGUGGUGCUGACGCGUGAUUAUAAAGAGAUAGCUACAUACCUCGGAGUGGUCAAGGAACUUAUGGAUUUCUUCAAACCUUACAAGUCCAUCGAUGAGAUCGGAACACUCAACCAACUAAUCCACAAGACUCAAAACAAGUUGGUGGACGAUGUAUUCAUUGAUUUCGAGGACUCUUUCACCAAUAAUUUUACCAACGACAAACUUGUUUAUGGCUGUGAGAUCUUGGAGUUAGUCGAUGCAAAAUAUAAGGACAAGCUUUUGUCGUGGUUCUAUAACCUCCAACUUAAAGAGAUUCAGUCCAUUUUCAAUACCACAGACGAGGCCGGCAACAUGGAGAAUUUGAGUCGCCGAUACAUCUUUUUCAACAAUAUCCUUACGAACAUUCGCUCACAUUAUCUUAACGUGUUCCCUGACCUGUGGCAGGUGGACUUAGAACUUACCAAGUUAUUUUGCAAGGUCACCAAGCAGGACUUGACAAAUCAACUCAAGGGCUCCAACAUUCCAUCCUCAGUGAUUCUUGAGGCAUUGAAGAAGAGUCUUGACUUCGAAAAGUCGUUGAAUGACACAUAUAAGACGGACGAAUUCACCAAGAUCAUUCUGAGCCUGUUUGAGCCAUACUUGACCACCUGGAUCACGGAACAGGAUUCCUUGCUCAGCCAAAAAUUCAUGGAGUUUUAUUCAGCCCCCAAGAUACCAAGUGAGCUCAUCACCCCUCAAACAGCCGACGAUUUAUUAGCGGUCCUCAGGGUCAAUAGUGUCCCAAAUUUUGCUGCUUCCUCAGUUGAGUUAUUCAAGACGUUCCAGAAGCUUUUGGUCCAAAUCAUUAAGUUGUCCACGGGCGAAAUAUUAAUUGACUUAUCGAAGUUAUUUGCGAAAUACCUUCGCGAGUAUCACUCUAAGAUUCUCAUUCCUAUCUUGAACCAGACCAAUUCGAAUCCCAAAGGAAUUGAGCCCCUCAAAUACUUGACUAUGAUUCUCAAUACCUCUGACUAUGUGAUCAACAAUACGAACGACUUGCAAGAUAAAAUGGAGAAGCUCAUCGAUGUACGUUACAGACUGAGGAUAGACUUCGAAUCCGCCAAGAACUUGUUUUUCGAUUUAAUUGGAAAAUCUAUCAAGGCUGCCGUUCUGAAGGUUUCUGUUGAUCUACAGUUUCUGUGGAGACAAUUCGAAAACAACGGGUGGGACUCUAUGGAGUUUAUUGCAGAUACUUCGACCUACAUUGACGACUUUGUGUCCUCCUUAAGAGAAAAUAACAGAGUCAUAUUGCCACUUAUAAUGAGGGAAGGCUAUUCUCGGACUUAUUGUGAUCGUUUGGUGGAGAUGAUUGUAACUACCUUUAUGAACAAACUCACCUUGAUAAAGCCGUUAAGCAUCAUCAAUAUUGAACAGAUCCUCUUGGAUGUGUCGGUUCUCAGAAAAUACUUCUCUAUUCUUCCACACUAUGCGGACCCCAACUUUGAUGAAUCGAGGCGAAAUGAUGAAACUGAAGUUCCAAUCCCAAAGGCUUACACCAGAUUUUUGGGCAAUCAGUUCACAAAGUUGGAAACUUUGCUCAAACUUUUGCUUACGCCUACCCUCCCGGUUGAUAAUAUAGUUGAGAGCUACUUCAAUCUCAUUGGCGAUAAGUCUGUGCCAAACUUUACGAAGUUCUUAGACUUGAAAAGCAUAGAGAAACAGAACCAGGCAAAGUACAUCGAGAACUUCAAGCUCCAACUUACAGUUUCUAACGACUUAAUUGACGAAUCACCUAUCUUUGCAGUGUUCGGAAGUGAGGGUCAUGCCAAUCAAGCGCAUCCAUUGGCUCAGCCAACUCCUCAACCCGUGGACUUUAAGGAUUUGAUUUCUAGCAAAUCUCCAGAACCCAACCUUCCCGAUUUCCUCAAGACCAACAGUGCAAAAAUCCAAAACAUCAAACUCAACAAUCCAUUAAAGGAUUUCACACUCAAUGGAGAGCAACACGUUAACAAGUUUAAUGAGAAUUUCAAGAAUAUUGGGAAGUUUUUCAGGAAAGACUUCAAUGAUUUCGACUAA